AUGACUCAAAUCGUCUUAAGAGAACAACGGUGGAUUACGAUAUAUGCUCUACGCCGCCACGCUCGACCCAACUGGCUGGAUCGGCUUAGGCAGACCACGGCCAGUCCGAUAUCGAUAGAGCAAUUGAAAAGGUAUGUCUCGUUACCAAACCCUCUCAGGCAGCACGUUCCGCAUGAAAAUGACUUCCUCGGCAUUGUCCAUGGCUCUCGAGAACGGGACAUUGGGCAGGUUGGCUUACAGGCACCCGAAAUCGAAACCCGUGACGAGCACAUGUCGUGUCGAACCGAGCGCGUGAAAAUGGCGAUAGUGUACAUGCUGGUGGCGCAUCGCUCAGUGGUGCUGGCGGAGUUCAGCUCCAUGCCCACGACGGCGAACGCUAUCGCCCGAAAAAUCAUCGAGAAAUUUCCUGGCAACGAAGAUACGAACACUUCCUACUAG